CGAUUCCAUUUACUGUCACACCCGGUGGCCAUCAUCAUGAAUCCUCAGGCUCAGCAGACCACUGCAUCCGAUUCUAGCCAGGCCCCGUCGGGUCAGUCGGGACAGUACUCCCAUGAGAGUGGCCAUACCCCGUUCGUGAACGGCUUUUCCCAGAUGUCCUCCGGCAGCAGCCGUGAGAGUGUUGGCCCAACCCUAACUCCCCUUUAUGGUCCGCUGAGCUUCCCGGGCCAGCGUCCUGGAGGAAAGUUCAAUCCCACCAAGAAUCAUUUGCAGGUCGCCAUGCCUCCAGGAAUGGACAUGCCUGGAGCUCAACGCCCUGGAUACAACAGUCCGCUGGUCCUCAUGCCCAAUGCACCAAUCUUCAACGGCAUGGGUCCUGUUCCUCCGUACACCUCGUCUCCUGUUGCUUCCCCUGAGCAACUUGGACACCUUCCGUACCUUCCCACCACCAUGUACCCGAAUAUGAACCCGUCGUACCCGAUGAUGCCGACGGUGCAGGGAUACCCUUUCCCCUACCUCAUGAAUUGUGACAUUCCGGAUGUUGCGGGCCCCAAGCGAGCUCACUGGGCUAGUUCUGAAGAGCAAAAGGUGACUGCUAGCUCGUCGGCCGACAAUGGAAACCAGUCCGACUACUAUACCAGCAGCAGCAACCCUAACUCGGAGAACCCGGUUGUUCAAGGCUUCCCUUUCAGCCAGGCGCCCCAGAUGGCUCCCGCCUGUGUUCCGUAUCAGAUGAUGAAGUCAUCGACUGGAUACAUCCUGCAGGAUCUUGAGUCUCUGACUCAACAGGAACCAGCUAUUCCACGAGCCGUGCCCGCAAUGUGGACCAACGCUUCCGAGUUGACUCUCGCAAAAUGCCUCGAGAAUCGUGAAGGUAUCACCAAUGUUUACAUCCGUGGCUUUCUUCCAGAAACCACGGACGAGGUUCUGCACGCAUUCGCUUCACGAUUUGGGAAGAUUGAUCGCUGCAAGGCAAUUGUAGACCUGGACACGGGCCUGUGCAAAGGAUUUGGCUUUGUGCAGUUUUACAACUUUGAGUCCUGUGAGAAUUGUAUCCGGGGGUUCUUUUACCUUGGCUACCAGGCCAGCUUUGCCCAGAAAUCCCGCAACUCGCGCCUCAAGGAUCUUGAAGACAAGACCUCGACUAACAUCUACUGCACCAAUCUUCCCAUCGAAUGGACGGAGGCUGAUCUUCGUCAUCAUUUUGAGCCCUACCGUGUUGUCUCGGAGAAAAUCAGCCGCGAUGAAAAAACCGGAGUCAGCAAAGAAGUCGGCUUUGCUCGGUUUGAAACUCGUGAAAUCGCCGAGAAGGUCCUCUCUGAAUAUCACAACGUUGUUGCGCCUGAUGGCGUCAAGCUGCUUCUUCGCUUUGCUGACACCAAGGCUCAGAAGCUGCUCAAGCAGCAGAGCAACGAGCGUCGCGCUUAUCGUGCCGGUGAGUAUAACUACUCUGUUGAAGUUGUCCAGGGAUCCACUCCGUCGCCGUCCGUGAAUCGUCUGCAGCAAGCGAUAUCGCACCUGAGUCCAACCUCUCAGAACAGCUACGUUUCUCCCGUCGGCGUAGGUGCCACCUGGACUCCUGCAACAUCCAUCUCCCCGUCAUAUCCUUUAGUGAAGAACCCCGUGAACAAUAUGCGCUUCAACUCCAUGUCUUCUAGGAACAGCCCGGGCAAUUUGGAAAACACGCCCCUUCAUCGCGGAAGAAUGUCAGUUGGCCGCAACAGUUGGAUGAAUACUAAUGCCACGGCUGGUGCUUCCAAGCCCAGUCUGCCCUUCACUCCUCGCGUUGGUCGUCGUGCAGGAUCGAGCAGUUCCCAGAAGGAAAACAUCAAGGCCGAAUCCCUGUCGCCGAUUUCCUCUCGCCGAGAGAUCGUCGUCCACUCCCCCCGUUCCGUCGUUUAGUGCAUGGUUACCGAUUUCUGUUUGUUUCUGGCUUUCAUUGGAGCAUUUGCAUAGCAUAUUCCCGAUCGAUUCGAC